GUCGGCUCUCGGAGCAUGCGCAGUCUGCGAAGACACGUUUCACGCGGUAGGAUUGCUUGUUUAUAUUACAAUUAAACUGAGGUACCAGCUGCCUGCUGAACCGCUUUCCCGUCGAAAAUGGGUGGGCUUCUGAGCUACUUCAGAGGCUUGCUGGGCAGUCGGGAGAUGCGGAUCCUGAUAUUGGGCCUGGAUGGGGCCGGAAAGACUACCAUUCUGUACCGGUUGCAAGUCGGCGAGGUUGUUACAACCAUUCCGACUAUUGGGUUCAAUGUUGAGCAAGUUACAUACAAGAAUCUCAAGUUCCAAGUUUGGGACUUGGGUGGCCAGACAAGCAUCAGGCCAUACUGGCGGUGUUACUUUUCCAACACCGAUGCCAUCAUAUACGUUGUUGACAGUGCGGACAGGGACCGUAUUGGCAUAUCUAAAGAAGAGCUAGUUUCUAUGCUCGAGGAAGAAGAGCUGAAGAAGGCGAUCCUUGUCGUUCUCGCGAACAAGCAGGACUUGGACGAAGCUAUGACAGUGUCCGAGAUUCACACGGCACUCGGUCUAGAUGCUCUGAAGAGCCGCACAUUUCAAAUAUUCAAGACCUCUGCACUCAAAGGGAAUGGACUAGACGAAGCCAUGGAAUGGUUAUCAAAUGCUCUGACCAACAACAAGUGACCGACGAUCAAGCAAAAAACGAGGCUUCAGCCAUGCCAGUUCACCGUCAUUGUCAUCUCAAAAAGUGCGCAUUUGUCGAGAAAUGCGAGAGAGAACAGUUCCCCAGGCUGCCGACAAAAAUAUGUGAGGAGCGCAGGAAAACUGGCUACGUGCAGCAUGGCGUCAAGACUCGCGGCCACGCUUCCAAGCCACGUGUGGACUUUGGUGCACAUCGGGAAGAGGGCCUUGGAGUGUGUCGCUUCGCCGCCAUUCCCCAUCUCUAGUCUGUGCCCAAAAAGCAAGGAGAGCCGCAGUUUGUGCUUUUGUCCCCUUGCAGCAGAAAGCUCCUCAGUAGCCCCAACAUGUCGGAAACAUUCCUGGCUGGCUGGUUGGUCGAUUUAUUUUGUAUCUUCUGGUUAGGUGACUGUGUUAUUGAAACUUCUUUUUCUUUGUGCGUGUGUCUCUGUUUUUUAAAUUCAAGAUAAAGCUAAGCAUUUUCUUCUUGGGCUGCUGCCUGCUCAUUCGUUUUAAGUAGCAGCUUGCUUGUAGUAAGACUCGCUCGUUGAAUCGUAUUGUCCCCUGUCUAAAGGAAUCGACAUAAUAGUUUGUGAGACGGCAGAGUCAAAAAAACUUAUGAAAUGGUGAAGAGAUUCAGAUGCAUUUUUUCUUUGCGAGUGGAUUGGUCAGUUGACCAUUCGCAGAGUGCCGCGUGCCUUUGAAAAGCUGUCUGAACUACUGUGCUUCACAUUCUUUAAAUUAAAGCUUGCAAAAGCGUGCUAUCAUUGUCUAAUUUUGUGUAGACAUGCCCGACUAGCGCUGUUGUCCAUCAGCUGUGCCCAUUCAUGGUCGUUUUAAGACGAUAAGGUAAAACCCUUCUCAGGAAAAAAAAACAUCGUUUUCUUUUUAGUGCAUUGAAGCCCUCAGCUGGAAGAUUAAGUAGACGUAUAUGCACCAGUAGCUGCGGUUGCUUGGUGUUGAAAAGCUGUGCAAUUGUACGAGCUUCGUUGUCUCCUGUCUAAAAUAUGUGCAAAAACAGAUUACAACAUUGAUUUGUCGAAUGCUUUAAAGGGCCCCUAAACUACCCAAGGGUCUGAAACUUAAUCUUGGUGUUGCAGUUGUGCGCGAGUCUGCAAGGAACACGUAGCCAUGAGAAUUUUUUCGUAAUGAUGCCAUAAUUACGGAGUUAUACACAUUUGAUAAUACAAAAGACCCUAAUUUGUUUCACUCUUUCCUGCGAUAUGCUCUUUUCGUCAGCUCGUCUCUCCUGGCAGAGUGCUCCUUCUUACCGUGCGAAGUCGAAGAGUGGCAAGUGCUGCCACGUUUGGCAUUGUUGAUUGUGACAACAUUCUGAACUUGAUGUUCACGUUUGCUUGAAAUGUUGGAAAAUUAUCAGAGGUUGUUUUGUGGCCCUUUAACGUAUUACUUGCUUCUUCCCUGUGACUUCAUUGGUGAUGCUGCUUCAUAAUAAUGCUGUCUAUGGCACAUCACAAGACACAUCUGUGCAGCUUUAUAUUUAUUAGUGUACCAUUUUCGUUGACUCUUUUCCGGUCAGCACUCUUAUGUCUGAUGUCUCGGAUAACGUUUUAGAUAAUUUGCCUCUCUGCAUCUUUGUACUUCUUGAUUAUUCUGUGCGUAAUAUUGCAUUCACUGUUUAGGCGAGCACUCGUGUGUAUGCUGAUAACGUAUGGAAAGGUUUACUAAAGUUAGGGAUUGCAUUCAAGUGUGGUACCAUAAAACCAAACAUCCAUAUGUUUCUUUAGAUUUAUUUGAGGUAUAAAAAGCAGAAUUGACAUGGCAUAGUGCCCUUUGCUUUUAGCUAACUAAAGGGCCUUGAAAUGUCAUAUUCUCUGGGGCUGUUUUAAAGCAACUCUCAAAAAUAUUCUUUUUCCAUUGUCUCAGAAAGACAGCCUUGUUCAUCUGUCUAGCUUAAGACAAGCAAUGUUAGACCAUGAAAUGUUCCCAUUAAUUUCCUGCCAAUAUGGACGGGAAGGUGUUAAGUUACAAGCUUAGUGAAUAUAUUUUAUUUUAUUUUGGCACAGCUGUGGACAGACAUUGGGUACACUAUUUACCAGAAAGCAAAUAAUUUCUAAUCUUUGACUGGUCUAGAGCCGUAAACAAAUGAAAACUUCAUAAAGUUCGCAAUGUUUUCACACCUUAGGUUUCGUAGGAAAGAUCACGUUGGCCGUUAAGUAUGCGAGCUUUGUGCUAUUGAUGUGCUAACCGGAAGUAGUUAGUGAGACGGAGGAUGACUAGUGUAGUGGAAUGUGCGCGCAUGAAGUGAUUGGUUGAUGCAGAUAAUCACACGAAAAUGGGAACCUGCAAGCUAUGUUAGUACGCAUGUUUCUUUUUUCAAGCGCACACCCAUGCAAAAGUCCCAUCCAGAGUUUAAUGCAUAUGUCAUUUAAAGGCAGCCGGGAAUGUGAAUAAAACCUUUUUGUAAAUGAAUGUUUUAUGUAAUUGCCAGUUUUGCUUGUUGGUUGUUAAAAUAGUUUUGUUCAUA